AUGAGACUUCCUAAGCCUCGUCAUCCAACUCCCGCAGGAAUGUGCCAUUUCUCCCCAGCUCACCCCACGCCGAGAACCUCCACAUACCGCUCCUACUGCCUGCCUAACCACAAAUUCCCCGUGGUCCUCCGACGCUCUGCCGGAGUCUUCAGCCCAGGAGUGCCGGGCUCUAAGCAUUCAAGAUGGUUCACUCUUUAUGCCUUGGACAGCCGUGGUAGUCGGUCGGAUGCGAGUUUUGUGACCGUUCGCACGUCAUGUCCGAUGGUGGAUGACAGCAAAGCAGAAGAGAUCGCAGACAAAGUGUACAACCUCUAUAAUGGCUACACCAGCGGAAAGGAGCAACAGACGGCCUACAACACCCUGAUGGAGAUUUCACCCCCACUGCUGUAUCGUGUACAGCAUCACUACAAUUCCCACUACGAGAAGUUUGGAGACUUUGUGUGGAGGAGUGAGGAUGAGCUUGGCCCCAGGAAGGCCCAUUUGAUCUUGAGACGAAUGGAUCGGAUCAGUCUGUUCUGUCGCUCGCUGCUCCGCAGUGGCUUCAUCCAAAGCCGAACAGAGAGUGUGCCGUACAUGCUGUGUCACAAUGAUGACACGAGACCAGGCGGCACUUUAUGGCACAGUUCACUUCACGAAACCCAGCUUGCCUGCCUGGAGAAAGUCAUAUCAGUGCAACGCAACAUAUACGGAAAGUCAAAAUUACGAUGA